CAAAACUGCCUCUUUCGUUCGCGAGAAACCACACGGUGUUAACGUGUACGAGCGUAAAAAUUCAAGAUGCCGACCGACCCGAUGAGUUUCACUAAAGAUUUCCUUGCUGGAGGAAUCUCAGCAGCUAUCUCCAAGACGGCUGUGGCCCCCAUCGAACGUGUGAAGUUGCUUCUGCAAGUGCAGGCCGCCAGCAAGCAGAUCGCCGCCGACAAACAGUAUAAAGGUAUCAUCGACUGUCUGGUCCGUAUCCCCAAGGAACAGGGUUUCUUCAGUUUCUGGCGUGGUAACCUCGCCAACGUCAUCCGUUAUUUCCCCACUCAGGCGUUGAACUUCGCCUUCAAAGAUGUCUACAAACAGAUGUUCCUCGGUGGUGUCGACAAGAACACCCAAUUCUGGAGGUACUUCGCCGGUAACCUGGCGUCAGGUGGCGCUGCCGGUGCCACAUCUUUGUGCUUUGUGUACCCUCUAGAUUAUGCUCGUACUCGUUUGGGCGCCGAUGUUGGAAAAGGAAAGGGCGAGAGACAGUACACCGGUCUCUUGGACUGUAUAAAAAAAACAGUAAAAUCUGACGGACCAGUCGGUUUAUACAGAGGUUUCUUCGUCUCGGUACAAGGUAUUAUCAUCUACCGUGCCUCGUACUUCGGGUUCUUCGAUACUGCCAAGGGAAUGUUGCCCGAUCCCAAGAAUACGCCCUUCCUCAUUUCGUUCGCCAUCGCACAGGUCGUCACAACAGUUUCUGGUAUCACGUCAUAUCCAUUCGACACAGUCAGAAGGCGCAUGAUGAUGCAGUCCGGCCGGGCUAAAGCUGAUAUUAUGUACAAGAAUACAUUGGAUUGCUGGGUCAAGAUCGCAAAGAACGAAGGCGGAAGGGCCUUCUUCAAAGGAGCGUUCUCCAACAUCCUCCGCGGUACUGGUGGUGCUUUGGUGCUGGUGUUAUACGACGAGCUAAAAGCAAUCCUCUAAAACAAUAGUAGAAUUAUUAACGGAUUAAAUUAUUAAUUGUCUCAUAAUUUAUUUUCAUUCCGUGGUUUAUGCAUUUAUUUAGGCCGACACAUUCCUUUUUUUAGACGUUUUACUGUUGAUCAUUAGGCGCAGGAACUACACAUUCCAUGUAAACGAAUUCUCUUUUGUUAUACAAAGUUUUUAAAUGGCAAUUAUAAGCUGAAGUAUUGAUAGACCUGUAUUUUAAAUUCUGUAUAUUUUAAAACAGCCGUUUACCAAUAAAACAGUUGUGAUAAGUUA